AUGCAGAUGCAAAAAAUUAUAUCUCCGCCUUAUGGAGAUGUAAAAUACAACUCGCGAUGCAAAUUAGCAUCUCCACCUAUUGGAGAUGUAAAAACAUCAGCAACUCGCCAACCGACCAACUGCGGUGGCUUCUGGCACGCCCGCUGCCCGUCCGCUGCUAUGGCCGAUGCUGGUGACCCCGCAGCUUCCUCCCCCGCCGAUGGUCUGACCCACCUCGCCAUAGUUGCCGCCUCCGCGACCAAUUUCCCCAAUCCAUCCUCCGCCUCCAUGCCUCCGUCGCCUCGAUUCGGCACCCCCGCUGCUCCUCCGACGCUCCUCGACCGCCCCUACACCUCUCCUCCUCCUCCCCUCUUCGCCUUAAAUUGCCGCUCCUUCGCUGUUGCACCGCCACCCCGAUUCGCCAUCCCCGACGUUCCUUCGCCGCCCCUACGCUGCUCCUCCUCCUCUCUCCACCUCAAAUGGCCACUCCUAUGCCGCUGCACCACCGUUCCGAUUCACCACCCCCGCUGCCCCUCCGCCGCUCCCCCGCCACCCCACGCACAGUCGCCGCCGUCCCGCCGUCCCCAUUGCCGCCUCCCCGAUUCGGCCGCCGUCCCCUAA